AUGUUGGAUGAGGAGCGGCCCCUCUACGGCGGACGCACGCUAAUCGAUUACGACCAGCACGGCCUGCGCAGAUGGCUCACGCGGUGGCGUCUCAUGGUCGGACUGGUGGUCGUGCUUGGCGUGGCCUGCCUGGCGUUCUUCAUCGCCACCAUCGUUCUCGCCACCAGCCAGGACGACUCCUCGCCCUCUACCAACCCCACCCCUUGUCCCGUGCCGAACGUGGAGGACAGCACGAACGACUUCCCGCUGGGUCCGUACGCGCCGUGGAGCGUUACGGCCAACCACUCGCGCACGAUCUCCUUCACCACCAACGAAGGCACGUGGAUGAACAUCGACGUCUCGCCCGACGGCCAGCAGAUCCUGUUCGACCUCCUCGGCGACAUCUACACCCUGCCCAUCGCCGUAUGCGCGCCAGCCCCCCACGAUCUGUCGGGUUGUGACAACGUGUGGGAGAUGGAGCUGGCGACCUCCACCUCGCGCCAGCUGACCGAGGAGCCCUUCCAUUCGCUCAGCAAUGCCAUGUGGGCACCCGACGGCAAUUAUUUCGUGGCCGUCAAGUGGUACACGUCCACCCGGUCGAUUCCGGCCGGCGAGCUCUGGCGGUACCCCGUCGGCGGCGUGAAGAAGGAUGGCGGCGAGCGGCUCGUGGGGCGCGUCACGCCCUCUUCCCAGAUCGGCCCCCAGGAGCCCUUCUACUCGCCCGAUGGCCAUGAGAACGAGAGGGAUUCGACGUAUUGGAACUACAACAAGGACCCGCACGCCGGCAUCUUCGCGAUCAGCAGGCUCAACCUGUCGACCAAGGCCUCGGAGCAACUCGCUGGCGGUCCCGGAGGGGCUGCUCGCCCCGUUCUGUCCAAGGAUGGCAAGACGCUCGCCUUCAUCCGCCGCAUCUACGAAAACACGACCCUUGUCGUCAAGGACCUCGAGACCGGCAACGAGAAGAUCGUGUACAGGCUGUUGGAUUUUGAUCAGCAGGAGUCGUCUGCCCCGUGCGGCAUCUACCCCAGCUUCGCCUUCAUCAACAACGACGCCGAGGUGCUCAUCUGGGUCAAGGGCGGCAAAUUUGCCAGGAUUAACCUUGCGACUGGCCAAGCCACCGACGUCCCCUUCACCAUCAACGUUGAGCUGCCUGUCGCCGACACCGUGCGAACCAGCGUCGACCUCACCGAGACCUACUCGGCCGGACCCAAUACGACCUUCGGCGUCAAGGUGUCGAACUGGGCCUCGUUUGUGACGGUGCUGAACCAGAACUACGUCGCCUACACCGCCCUCGGCAAGACCUACUGUACGGCUGUGCCCUGCCGGAAAUCGCUGCCCGCGGGCGCCGCCAGGGAACUCCUGCCCGCGCAGACGGCCGCGUUCGAGUUUCAUCCGUCGUUCAACCGCGACGGCAGCCAGAUCGUGCACGUGCUCUGGGACGACGUCACCCUCUCCACCAUCCAGAUCGUCGCAAUUGACCUCCAGACCGGCGCUGUGGGCGAGGUGAGCAAUCUCGCGCUGCCGACCGGGCGUUACGGAUUCCCCAAGUUCUCGCCCGUGGACGACGAUAAGCUGGUCUACCAGCGCUAUGGCGGCGACUCCCUCAGCGGAUCCCAGUACUCCCGCAAUGCCGGAAUCUACAUCGCCACCAAGACCGCUCAAGGGUGGACGUCGAGCCUGCUGACCGCCAGCGGCGACAGCCCGUCGUUCUCGGCCGACGGCAAGUCGGUGCUGGUCCAGCGCGGGUACUACCCGCAGGUCCAGCUGGUCAAGAUCGAGAUCGCCACCGGCAAGGCCCAGGUGCUCGCCCAGAGCAAGUACGCGUCGGCCCUGCACGUCGCGCCCGACGAGAGCGUCGUCGCCUUCACCGAAUUCUACCAACUCUACGUCACCCCGCUCGACGGCGAGAAGAAGCCGGUGUCGGUGUCGUCCAGGCCCGGCCACCAGCCGUCGCGCCUGCAGCGCGCGUCGGCCAACGGCCUGCACUACGUGACCUGGGCCAAGAACGGCGAGGGCAAGUGGGACCUACUCUGGAUCCACGCCUCCGAAGCCUACCGCGCGUUGGCGUGCGACAACAUGGACUUUGACUGCGUGAAGGGGAAGACCACGGCCUACGAUCUCAGCUUCCAGGCGACUGUCGGCACCGCUGCCACGUUCGUGUGCUUCGACAACGUGACGUUGGUGACUAUGGCCACGCCCAACCAGACGCCGGAGUCGGUCAUCACUGAUGCCCGCAUCGUCGUCAACGGGGAGCGCAUCCAAGCCUUGGGUCCUAUGACCGACGUCCCGUGCCCGGCUGGCGCCGAGCCGAGAGACAUGGCGGGCGCCGUGGUGCUGCCGGGAUUCAUCGACGUCCACGCCCACUGGGCCGGUGGUGGCGACUGGUUCGUGGAGCAGAGCUGGGAGUUCCUGGCCAAUCUGGCCUUUGGCGUGACGACCCUCCACAAUCCGUCUGCCGACACCGAGGCCGUGUUUUCGGAUGCCGAGCUGGUCCAAAGCGGCAAGAAGAUCGGCCCGCGCAUCUUCAGCACCGGCACGGUGAUCUACGGCGGCGGCGGACCGCUGCACUGCGAGAUCGACAGCAUCGAGGACGCGCGAACGGCGCUGCGGCGGUUGAAGGCCUACGGCGCCUUCUCGGCCAAGUCCUACAACCAGCCGUGCCGCGCCGCCCGCCAGCAGCUCCUCCAGGCUGCGCGCGAGUUGGGCAUGGACGUGGUGCCGGAGGGCGGGAUGAUGUUCUACUGGAACCUGAACCAGAUCGUGGACGGCCACACGACCAUCGAGCACUCGCUGCCCAUGGCCCCGCUCUACAAGGACGUGGUGACCCUGUUCGCCCAGUCCGGCACGGCCUGGACCCCGACCCUCAUCGUCAACUACGGGGGCCUCUGGGGCGAGGAGUACUGGUACCAGGCGACGAACGUGUGGGAGGACCCGCGGCUCAUGCGGUUCGCGCCCAACGCGCCGGUCAUGGCGCGGUCGCUCCGCCGGGAGAAGGCCCAGGCGCCGUGGGACUACCACCACUUCUCCACCGCCAAGUCCGUCGCGGCCGUGUUCAACGCCGGCGGGCUCGUCCAGACCGGCGCCCACGGCCAACAGCAGGGUAUCGGCUUCCAUUGGGAGAUGCUGAUGAUGGAGCAGGGCGGUCUGACGCCCUACCAAGUGCUCUACACCGCCACGAUGGCGGGCGCCAGGGCGCUGGGUCUGGACAAGAGCCUGGGCUCGCUGGAGGCGGGCAAGCUGGCCGACCUGAUCUUCUUCGACGCCGCCAGCAGCCCGCUGACCAACACGUCGUUCGCGCGCGACGUCAAGUACGUCAUGCUCGACGGCCGCCUCUACGACGCGCAGACCAUGGACCAGAUCCUGCCCGUCGCCCGGCCCCUGCCGCCCGGCCCCGUCCUCAACACGCCCUCUCUCUAA